AUGCAACAAAAUAAUCUUAAGAAUAAAAAAAAGAUUGUUAAAAAUGUUGGAAAUAAAGUUUAUAGUCUUAACAAAAGGACAAAGGCUUCAACAAAAAGAGCUUUAGCAAAUGAAAAGCAAAACGAGAAAAGCCCAACCAUUUUAAGAUGGAUAGUCCUGUUAAGAAAUUUGAAACUGAAGCAGCUGAAAAAAAAUAUAGACGAGGAAAUGAAUAACUACGAAAUAAAUAAAAAUAUUAAUGAUAAGAUGUUAUUAUUUUUAAAUGACAACUUCGAAGAAAAUGUAAUUUUAGAUAAAAUCGAAGAUUUGAAAAGAAGUAAUAUAAAUGUGUUAGUAGAUAUACAUAAAGAAAAUAUAAAUAAUAUGGAGAAACAAUUUGAAGAAGAAAUAAAAAAAUUAUUUAAAAAUUUUGAGGAUGAUCAAGAAAUUUUAAUAAAAAAUAGAAAUAGUAUAAUUCAUAAAAUAAACAUUUUUUAUAAUAAGAUGGAAGAAAAUCGAAAAAAUAGGAAAAGCAUUUUAGAGAAAGACGAGCAAGAUAUUAUGGAUGAAAUAUAUAAAAACGAUAUUGCCGAUAAACAUAUAUCAAAUUAUAAUUUCAAAAAAUAUAAGGAAGAGAAUGAUAAAACAUUUAAUCAGCUUCUUAUUGAAAGUAAGAAAGCAUUAGACGAUGAGGAUGAAAAAUAUAAUUCAAUAAAAAUGAAAUAUGAAAAAAAUCAAAAUAACUUAUUGUCUAAAGAAAAGGAGGUUCACGAUUUGGAAGCGAAAAUCGAUAACUGGAAGUUGAAGCUUGAAAAUGAAAUGAAAAUAUACGAAAUUCAGAUUGAAAGACUAAGGAAGGAGAAGACUCAGCUUCUAAAUCACAUAAGGACGAUUAAGUUGAUACUUCAAAAAUUGAAACAUAAUGAUAAGCAAAGACUAAUUGACAUAACUUUAAACUCAAGCAAGUGCAUAAAAAAAUUAGAAGAAAAUAUUACCCUUGCAAAUAAGUUGAUAAGCACGAACAACCUAUGCAGGAAAUAUGAAACGGAGAGAGAAAAACUUUUUUCAUGUUUAAAUUUGGGAGAGACAAAAAAAGAGGAUAUAAUAAUUGAGGAAGAAAAGGAUAACCUUUUUAGUGAUAAUAAUUUAAAGGAAGAGAAAAUAAGUCUGUUUGAGAAUUUUUUUAAGAGAAAAAAUAAAGCUAUUUUAGAUAUAAUAAUUUUAAAAAAAGAAUUAAAAUCUCUUAAGAAAAAAAAUGAAGAAUAUAAAAAAUAUAUUGACGAAAUGGAAGAUAAAUUAAAUUUGAGUAAAAUAGUGAAAUACAAAAAGGAGGACUUUAUUAUAUACCCUUCCUAA